AUGAAAAAUAUACAAAAAGAAGAGGAAGAUGGACGUUAUAAUCGUGAACAAGAACUUUUUCAAGGCUUUGCUUCAAAAAAAAAUAGCAAAAUUCAUGAAGAACAACUUGUUGCAGCUAAACAACAAUAUGAAAUAACAAAAGAUAUUGAAAGUUAUAAACGUUCGACACGAAGAAAAGUUUACUGUUCUUUACAUGAACAUGAAAAAUUAAACAAUGAUACUGAUUCUGAUUGA